UACAUCCUUCUGCCUUUUGGUUUGUGGCCCUCCCGGGUCAGGACGUGAGAAAAGAAGGUUACGUCAAGACAUUAGCACGGUCAAGACAAUACAACGCUCUCUUGGCUGGUCCAAGAAGCAAAUAGUUAUCGGCUCUUCACCGCUAUUCCACCAACUUUGUAUGAAAGUGCGCGACCAGUUAUCUUCAUCGUGACCUGUCAAGAUGCAUUACUUCCCAUCUAUUCUUCCACCUCAUCCGGUGUCAGAUACCGACACUACAGACAUCGCUGAAUCCGAUUUUGAUUCCGACUCACAUGAAGGUUAUUCGGACGACACUCCUCGUAGUGCUGGAUCUCUUGGGACAGAAAGCGUAACUACUGCCUUAACGCCGGAUGACAUCGGGACACCGGAUGAUAUACGUAUACCGGACAUCUUGAUUCCACACUACUACAAAGUAUCCGAUGAUCUAAGGACCCCAGAUUCAACUGGCCUUACAGGAUUUCACUUCCAAAUCGACGAAAGCCCUGUUAAGGGUCCGGUCGGCCCGCAUCUCUUCCGAAUCAUACCAGAACGUCCCGAGAGUCGAUCGUCCUUUGUCUUGAUUUCUUCCGAUGAUGAAGUUCCCAGUACCUCGACAACACCCCUCUCAAGCUCUGCGUCCCGGCCUGAGCCCGAAAGAAAAGACACACCGGUUCCGGUACAUAAUACCUCCACGUCACACACCAAGCAUGCGACCGAUGUAAGGGAGCCUAAUACCAAAGAGCACGAGGUCGCCGACUGGACUACUCAAGAUGUCGUGACAUAUAUGCAACGUUGCGGUUUCGAUGAAACAGUGGUCGAGAAGUUUUUCAUUAACGACAUAACUGGCUCCAUUCUCCUUGAACUUCAAGCAGAGGAUUUGAAGGAGCUCGACAUCCAGUCGUUCGGAAAGCGACACCGGUUGAUGGGUUGUAUCCGAGACCUCCGAAGCAAGGCAACCACACCCGCCUGUGACUCUCAAUCGGACGUAGAACCCAUAUCCCGGGAAGAUACAUCUACGCCGCAAUCGACCGCUGCUCAGGUCGGUGUCAGUUGCUCGAGUCCUGAGCCUUGUGAAAGUAAGGAGCGCUCUAAGUCCUCCCAUCACAAGCGGCGGCGUCGUCACAAGAGACGAGAUGGCACCGAGAUUGUACCCGAGGACUCCGCUUCGAUAGUCGCAAUUGAGCAGCUGCUACCCAAGCUCCAUACAUGCUCCAAGGGCGAGAACUGCCGCAAAUGGCAAAAGCAGCAGGUGAAACUGGGCAGAAUGGUCAAAGAUCUCCCCAUUGAUGGCAUGGGUGGCUCUAUCAUUAUCACUGGAGACCCAGGCAAUGCUCCUACAGCGCAGAAUCUGAACAAAACACCCAAGUCAGAAGUUACACCAUCCAUUAUUGCAUCGUCUGAUGCUCUGGGUCAGAACCCAGCAUCCGAAAAUCUCCUAUCACAGGACAAGCUUCACGGUGUCAAGCAACGGGACCCGCAGGAGAAUGUACGCAAUUUUCUCAAUUUUCAACGCCUGAGCAAGCUCCAGCCAGCUACGGAUCCUGCAACGCCCCCACAAGAGCAUCUCUCUCCAGGAACAACUUCACCGACUUCAAUAAGGGCAAAUGCCACCCUCUCAGAGAACCUACGGCAUCUUCCAAGACUGCGGAUCCCUAGUACUCAUGUUGAAGUGAGUUCGACAGUUUCGCCCAAUUAUUCGGCCCAGCGCACUAUUACCCCGUCUAUAUUGCAAAAGAAACAACCGUUUUCUCAUAGAAGCCGUUACCCUUCUCCCAGCCCCUCCGAAGUCACAAUGUCACCAUCCGACUUUUACAGGAUUGAUCCCUACUAUGGCAGAAGCACCCCAUUAUCUGAAAUGGAUGUCCCUGUGACCGCCAUUCCACUGGGCCCUGUAUCUCGGAACAUCUCGCAAUCCGUGCCCCCAAACAUGCGGUUUGGUGGACAGAUGCACUUUGUGCCAGAUAUCAUCCCUCGUCCAGCAUCUACCAAAGCAGAAAACGUUUGCAGAAAGGGUGGUAUCUGGAGCACCCAGAGCAUCCCAAAACUGGGUAGCCUCGAGGAACGUUCACCGCUUCCGCCUAUUGAAACCCCUGAAGACAUGGAGAAGACCCCUCGUGCAGCUCACUGUAAGGGCCCAUUCUCGCCAAACUGGUCCAAGAAUGUUCUGCACAGUGGCUGGAUGAAAAAGCGCAAGACCACUCGAUUCCUACGUCAUGAAUGGGAGGAGCAUCACUUUACCUUGAGAGGCACGCAGCUUGCAAUGUACCCUGAUGCGGAGGCUUCCCGUCAAGACUCGAAGGCACUGGAGUACAUUGAUGUGGAUGAUUAUGCUGUAGCGUGCUCAUCUCUUGCUUCUAGCUCGAAGCUUACUGCCGCGUUCAAGAAGACUGUCUUGAAGCGCAGAAAUGACUCUAGGGGAGAUGCAGCAUUUACAUUCUCAUUGAUCCCUUCACCAACCACCAGCACUUUUGAUCGAAAGCUUUUCUUUACGAAUGGCCCCAAGGCACACCACUUUGCUGUGACAACACGGGAACAGCGCAUUGAUUGGAUGAGAGAGCUGAUGCUUGCCAAAGCUCUCCGAAAGAACCGUGAGAAUGGCGCGUCUGUCAGCCAUAACGGAAAUUUCAUCUGAGCGAUAGUUCUUCAUGGCAGGCCUUAAGGACGUUACUCUGUGAAUCCGUAUUGAAUGAUAUUCGACCUUCGUGCGGCUUGCCUGAUACCCCUUGUUUAUGUUUCUGCUGUUACCUUAUUUCUGGCUUUCUGAUUUACUUCUCCUUGUUGGCUCCGGCCUUCUU